AAGAUUAUAUCAGCAUCUAGUGAUCAUUCACUACGGGUGUGGGACGCCAUAAGUGGCAAGGAGGAGUAUGUGCUCAUCGGUCAUUCCGACGCCGUUACUAGUGUUGCGGUCUCGCCUGACCGGAGGAUAAUUGCUUCCGGUUCAAGUGAUCGAAUCGUGCGGCUAUGGGACGCGACAACAGGCCGGCAAAUGCGCAUGCUUACCGGCCAUUCCAAUACCAUCAGAAGUGUUGCCUUCUCCUCCGAUGGAACGAAGCUUGCUUCUGGGUCCGAGGAUGGUACCGUCCUGGUGUGGGAUCUGGCAACGGGCACCCAGGAGCGUGCACUCUCGCACUCUUCUGCCGGCGCUGCCGCUGGCUACUACGGCUAUCAGGCCCGAACCAUUCAACAUGCAGUUACUAGCGUUGUCUUCUCUUUCGAUGGUAAGACAAUUAUAUCUGGAACUAGGAGCAACGGGAUUUGGGUGUCGGAUAUAGCGUCCGGAACACAAGAACUCCUUUCCAGUCGCUCCAACAGCAUCGCCAGCCUCGCCCUCUCCUUGGACGGUCGCCAAAUGGCAUCCGGAGCUGCUGAUGGCGCCGUAGAAAUAUGGGAUGCUACAACUGGUCAGUCGAAGCAUAUACUUUCGGGCCAUUCUGGCGCCAUCACCAGCGUUGCCUUUUCGCCAGACGGAAGCAAGAUUGCAACCGGGUCCGAUGAUUGUACUGUGCGUAGUGUAGCCUUCUCACCGGAUGGCAGGAGUAUUCUGGCCGGCUUGACUGAUCACACAUUGAAGCUGUACGAUGUGGCGACUGGUCUCCAGGAGUCUAUGUUGACUGGCCAUUCUGGCGAUGUUACCGGUAUUGCGUUUUUGUAA